CUUUAUAGACACCUGUUUCUUCAGCUUUCAAGGCAGCAGUUUGCCCUGUGACCUCAGAUCUCUGAUGGAUCUAAGAAGAGUGCUGGCUUUCGGAUUUUCCAUGAUAACUUCCAAACUCCUGACAUGUUGGAACUAAAACUGACAACCUGGAAUCAUCCAUGUUCCCAAUGCAGAAGGGCUCUUUGAACCUCCUGCGGCAGAAAUGGGAAUCCAGCGAUUACCAGAAAAGCGAGUACAGUCCCAGGGGCAGUCGUUGCAGGCUUUUCCAGCCUCAAGAAAACAAAUUGCUUGAACCUGAAGGAGAGGUAGCAUCAACACCUGGACCUCCAGAUCCUCCAACUCUGCUCCGAAGUGUCAGAGAAGAGAUAUUGAGUGCAGAGUCUGAAGAGAAGUGCCCUGAGGACAAGAGUGAUUACUCUAGGGACUAUGGUCAGCUGGAAGUGCUGAAGGAGGAUUCCCUGAGUGGUCAGCACAGGAUUGAACGGUUCUCCAUUGCCCUUGAUGAGCUGAGGAGUGUGUUUGAAGCUCCACGGAGUGGAAACAGACAAGCUGGACCAGCUGAGUACAGCCAGAAGGAAGUGGAAAUUGAGAGAAAUUUGUGUUCACCAACAUCUAAGAGUCACCCUGAGAGCCAGUCCGACGAUUCUGUGAAAGAUUCAGGCAAGAAAGACAAGGAAACACCUUAUGACAAGAUCUCAUCUGAAAGUGGUCACAGUCACAUCUUUGAAGAUUGGCACGGCUCAUAUGGCUGUCAGUGUUUCAAAAUAAAGACAACGUUAGAGGUUCACGAAUGUGGUAGGUCCACACUGGACAAGUUUGAUGACAGGUGUUGA